CACGCCACCGCCGCUGCCGCUCUCGCGACCUCAGUACCUGGCAUCCCGGCCGUGGCAUUGUUCUCGCGGGGGACCCUGAGGAACGGAACCACAGAGGCGGCAUCCUCAGGGCGCGCUCUCAGCAGCCGCCAGCGACGUCGACUGAACAGACCCUAGUCAGCGGAUAAACUGCGCAGCUGGAUCACUUCCACUAAACAAACUCUGAGUGAGCAGUGACAGCAGCAAAGACGCUCAUCGCUUCGAGAUAUAGAUAAGUGCAUAAAUUUAUCGGCAUCGGACUGAUAGGAGAUAUUUGGAAUCUUCGCCGGUCUCCUGCCAGUAUAUAAGAGCGCAAGCGUCAUGCGACGCGGCCAGGUGAUUCGUUGCAGAGCCUGAGAGAGAGCAGCAGUAUGGUGUUGCGCAGGCAGCUGCAGCUGCGCGCGGUCCCCAUGGAGCUGCGGCAGUGGAUCCGCGGCGUGCUCGACGGCGCCAAGGACGGCCGGGCGGCCUGGGACGCCGUGUGGGCGGCCGUGCUGGACGGCGUGCUGUGCAGGCGCGAGCUGCCCGACGCCACCGCGUUCGACAUCCAGCGCGAACUGCACACCUUCCUCAAGGACAACAACACCGUAGAGGAGGGCCAGCAGGAGGCAGCCGGUGAUGCGUGGUGCACGAACCGCGGCGGGCCGGCGGAGGCGUGGAGCGAGCUGUGGGCGCGCCUGGCGGCGAGAGACGGAACCUCGGAGUGGCUGCACCUGUCCAGCCGCGGCUGCGGCCGGCACGCCGAGCUGCAGCUCGUGGACGCCGUCAACGCGAGGCCGCAGCUCAGGAGCGUGACGGUGCUGGCUAAUGUGUCGCCGUGCUGCGAGUGCUCGGCGGCGCUGCGGCAGCUGUGUGGCCGGGUGCGGCUGUCGCUGCGCUUCGCGGCGGUGUUCGCCCACCACGGAGACAACCACCGCGCCGGCCUGCAGCAGCUGGCGGCCGCCGGCGCAGAGCUCGCCGUCUUCGGGCCCCGCGACUGGGCCCUCGUCGUCCACCGCCAGGUAGCGGACAGAAGGCACCCUGAAGAUGAACUUGCGAAGGAGGCGCGAACGGAAGACGCCGCCUCUCGGAAGCGCGCUGCGUCUGAAGACGUCCAAAGCCAAGAGGCGGCGACGGCUCCCAGCGCGAAGAGGGCGCGCGUCUGAACAAACGGCCUGCCUGGCCCUGCAUUGCUGCUCCACCCAGAUGCUCUGCUGCCCAGGCCACCACCUACUGUUCACACCAUGGCUUUCCAGCCAUUUUUUUUAUGCAGAUAUCGGGUUGAUUGUUUGUUGACAAAGAAGUGUGGCAGAGAACUGUUACUGUAUUAAGUCUGUGAGGCUAAAAUUACUUUAUCAGAAAAUUUUCUCAGUAUAUUGUAUCCUCUGUUAAGAAACAGAGGUUCAUACAUUUCGAGUUGCAUCCCGAACCCAUUAUUCUAUUAACCAACAAUAAAUGCCAAUUUAAACGUU